UCUGCAGCAAGAUAACCAUGGAAGGAAAGCGGGGGUCUUCCUUUUCUCCUGCGGUGGCUCUGAUGUCCCUCUUCUUUUGGGGUAAUUUCUGUUCUACAGAUGUCAAUGAGUGUUUGUCCGAGCCAUGCCAGAACAAUGGGAUUUGUAUUGCCGGUCUGGAUAACUACACGUGCCAGUGUCCAGUGCAUCCUGUCAUCUACUUUGGAAAGAAUUGUGAACUACUGUUUGAUGCCUGCCGAUUCCAGUUGUGCCUUAAUAACGGCACCUGUCACACCUCACUGGGAAGCCUACAGUACAACUGUACCUGUUUACCUGGCUUUACAGGUACUGACUGCAGUAUAGAUGUAAACGAAUGCGAGAGCAACCCUUGCAAGGGGAUUCAUAUGGAUUGCAUAGAUCAGGUGAAUGGAUAUAGUUGCCUGUGUUCUCCAGGGUAUGAAGGGGAAACCUGUACAACAGAGAUUGAUGAGUGCCUUGCCAGCCCAUGCAGGAACAAUGGAACUUGCUUGGACGGGGUUGGGAAUUACAUUUGCGAUUGUCAACCUGGUCACACAGGGGCCAACUGUGAAACCGACAUCGAUGAGUGUGCGUCUAGUCCGUGUUUGAACGGGGCUCUGUGUGUUCAAGGGGUAAAUCAAUAUAGAUGCUUCUGUGUUCCUGGAUAUCAGGGAUCUAACUGUGAAAUUGACAUCAACGAGUGUGCGUCCAGGCCAUGCAGAAACGGGGCUACGUGCGUACACGAUGUGGAUCAAUACUUGUGUGUCUGUCCGCUUGGCUAUAAAGGUCUGAACUGCGAGGUUGAGAUACAAGAAUGCGAGUCUAAUCCCUGUCGGAAUGGUGCCGUGUGUAAAGACCAUGUCGCGUUCUACAGCUGUGCCUGCCCCGCUGGCUAUGGAGGGGUUAACUGCGAGAUAGAUAUCAAUGAGUGUGCUAGCGAUCCGUGCAUCAAUGGCGGGAAAUGCAAGGACCUGAUCAAUCGUUACCACUGCGACUGUGACGAGACAGGAUUUGAAGGCACAAACUGUGAGGUUGACAUUCUGGAAUGUUCCUCGGGCCCCUGUGCCAACAAUGCAACCUGUCUGGAAGGCGUGAAGACCUACGACUGCCUCUGCUGGGCAGGUUAUACUGGACAACACUGUGAAAUUGAUAUCAACGAAUGCUCAACGCAUCCUUGUAUGAAUAACGGCACUUGUUUGGAACGCUCCAGUCAAGAGUAUUACGGCAGUCUCCCGCAGUUCAGGUCUACUUUCAGUUAUACCAAUGCAUCUGGCUACAUUUGCCUCUGCCAGCGUGGUUUCACAGGAGAAAAUUGUUCAGUUAACAUUGACGAAUGUGAGUCAGAUCCUUGUAUGAACGGAGGCACGUGUGAAGAUCAAACCGAUGGAUUUGAAUGUCAGUGUGCACCAGGACUUACAGGUGUGACGUGUCAAACUAAUAUUGACGAAUGUGAGAGCAGUCCCUGUGAAAAUGGAGGGACCUGUGAAGACGGUGUUGCGGACUAUACCUGUCAUUGUCCUCCCAUGGGGGAAGAUGGAAUUGUCUGGGGAGGGAAAAGAUGUUCAGUCAAACUGACUGGCUGUCUGCAACACAACUGCCUCAAUGGAGCUACCUGCACCCCUAACAUAGUGAAUGGCAACCAUGGCUACACCUGUAGAUGUUCUGCUGGAUUUUAUGACGCCUCUUGUUCGACCUCCACCACCUUCUCCUUGUACAAUGGCUUUGUAACUCUGCAUUCAGCAGAGGACAACAACCAGACCAGCAGACAUACCAACGACGAAUCAAUCAGCAUCAGUGUGAGAUUCAGGACCACCUUACCAAAUGCAUCGCUGAUUUACCGAGGCAAUCUACUCGAUGAAUAUCUUUGCGUACAGAUCCACAGUGGGAGGCUGAUGUCCAGAGCAGUCAUUAGUGGCCAGAUGAUGGACAUCUCAUUCGGUAAUCUGGUCAGCGAUGGGGCAUGGCACCACCUCAGAGUUCUUCUUGGGGAGAACUUCCUGGUGAAGUUAUCGCAUCCGAGUUGUCCAAACCAGACUUGCUCUGACUCAAAGCUCAUAAAAUCAGCCACGCUGCCCUCGUUGGCUUCAUUCCAGACUAUGUACAUUGGUGGUGACCAAACAACUGGGGAAAAUUUCACUGGCUGCAUGCAGGAUUUAGAAGUGGACCAUAGGCCUAUAUUACCACAAACCUUCACAGACGAUACUGCGUGGAAUUUUAAACUGGACUGUGAGAAGACGAACUGGUGUGAUCAGAACCCGUGUAACAGUCAAGGGAUGUGUGUGGACUUGUGGACAAGCUACACAUGCGAUUGCUUCCGGCCGUAUGCAGGUCCCACUUGUGACCAAGAAUACAUCCCUGCCACGUUCGGCUACAACAACUCCAGCAGCUUGGCAUCUUUCAUUAUCACGGAUAAUCCUGGCACAAAGCAUGACAUUUCGUUCUUCAUUCGCACACGGAGUCCAAAUGGCUUCAUCUUCCAGCUCAGGAAUGCCACAGCUCCUUACCUCUCGAGCUACCUGCUGAACGGCAGCAUUCUUGUUGCAGUACACGGCAUGGAACUGGACACAUCCAGAUACCUGGCUGAUGGCGUAAGGCGACUAGUAGAAUUCCGCGUGGAUGGACGCAGGUUGACUGUGAGGGAAUCAAAUGUUAUUGUAUUGGAGCAAAUGUUGCCUCGUGAGAGUGUUCAACAGCUCAUGCAUGUGCACCUUGGCCGAGAUCCCGAGGGAGAUUCUGCUGUUUGGGGAGGAGCCUUCAAGGGCUGUCUGCAGGAUGUGAGAGUCAAUGAUAAUCUACUGGAAUUUUACCCUCUGGAAGACAAGAAUUACACCUCGUCGCUGGCUGUUUCCACCAGUAAGGCUCCUAUGAAUGUGCUCAAGGACUGUAUCAGUGAUGAUACCUGCAAGCCUAUGCCGUGCCAACAUGGCGGUAAGUGCACUGUGACCUGGAACGAUUUUGAAUGUGAAUGUACCAAGGAGUACACGGGGUGGACCUGUGAGGAGAUCGUGUGGUGCGAGACACAUCCAUGUCCCUCAGAGUCUCGCUGUCUGGAUCUCCCAGGUGGAUACGAAUGUCUGGCCAAUGCAACGUUCCAAGGUGAGAAUCCAGUUGUUUACACCAACAACAAGUUGAUCACAAGAGAUCUCACCAGCAUUUCCGUGGACUUCAAGACCAGAGCCGUGUCUGCCGAUCUUUUACAGGUCAGCCACGGAGCUGAAUCCUUCUGGAUCGGAUUCCACAAUUCCCAGCUACAGUUUAAUCUGUACAGUGGCAACAGCGUAGAGGGGCUUACCCUCUCUAGCACCAUCAAUAUCUCAGACGGGCAGUGGCACUCUGUACUUGUGACCAUGGAGGAGCCUUCGAAGGUGACAUCAAGAUGGGUUCUUGCUGUGGACGGCAACGCCAAUGUCACCAGCACAGUCACUGCCGGAAACGUAAACUUUCUUCAAGAUAAUGUGAAUUUGACAUUGGGCCACAAUUUCACUGGGUGUUUCGGAGUGGUCAGAAUUGGUGGAAUCUACCUUCCUUAUGUAAGCCAGGAGGUCCUUACUAAGGGAGGACAGUUUGUUAUAGUGAGCGGUUCCCCAGCUCUGAUUGGAUGCUUCAGCCCGAAGGUUUGUUCCCCAAAUCCAUGCCUGAAUAACGGCCAGUGCGAAGACCUCUUCAAUCUUUUCCACUGCAGCUGUGUUUCAGGCUGGGAAGGGAGCCGGUGUGAGGCCAGAGUCGAUGACUGCGCCUCUAGGCCUUGUAUCCAUGGCAACUGCAGCAACCUGGAGCAGGGCUAUAGGUGCAGCUGUGAUCCGGGCUAUACUGGGGUGAACUGCGAGGAGGAUAUAGACGACUGCGUGGACCACCAGUGUAUAAACCAGGGGAAAUGCGUUGACACUCUCAACUCGUACUACUGUGACUGCUCCAGCCAGUUCACUGGGCCACACUGCGAGUGGCCCUACCCCCCAGUAACUUGUGGAGAGAGCUUCAGCUGUCAUAACGGGGGACUUUGCACUGAUGGAGUGUGGGGGGCUAAUUGUACCUGCAAAACAGGAUUCACUGGAGAAAGGUGUGAGGUGGAAAUCAAUGCAUGUGCGUCGAACCCCUGCCAGAAUGGAGCUACCUGCCACAACGCGGUCAACACCUUUGAGUGCAUCUGUGCAGCCAACUUUGCAGGCGAACAGUGUGAGAUCGAUAGAGGGAGCAAGGCGGACGCUAUCCCCCUGCUGGCCGUGGCUGUGCCCGUGGCGUGUGGGGCCGUGCUCCUCAUUGCGAUAGCUCUAAUAUUCGUGGUGCUGACCGCCCGGAAGAAGCGGCAGACUGAAGGGACGUACAACCCGAGCCAGCAGGAGGUGGCCGGUGCCCGUCUGGAGAUGGACAGUGUCCUUAAGGUGCCUCCCGAAGAGCGCCUGAUAUAAUUGGCUACUGGACUCAGAAGAGGGCAAGGUGCUCUGAAAUAUCGGACCACUUAAGGUGCCUUCGCUCCACCCCUGUACUACUGACUCUACCGAGCCACCCACUUCACCAAGUGGGAUGCAACCCAUUUGAUGUUGGCACUGUGCAAUCCUCAUGGAGACUGGAGAUGGUGGCACAUCUGGUGGGGAAACUCGCACUGCGCUGUUCACUGCAAUCACGCAUGAAUAACGUGUGAAGUCAGAGACUGAUUCAGGCAUUUCCUGUGCACACAAAAGGUACGACGAGGUAUCACUUCCAGAGGUCAACCCCUCAUCAUUCAGAUUACAACAGCCACUUCUCAAACCUGUGAAGAAAAAAGUGGAAGUUCUUAAAGCUGUUCUGCAUUCCAACUGGUGGAAAUGUGCUCAUUUAUUUAAAUAUUUACUGUAAUUUGAUUCUUAAUUGAGCCCCCUUUUUAAUAGCAAAUUCUUUUUGGAAUUUAAGUUUAUUAUAUAUAUAGAAACAAAUCAAAAUACCCUUAAUUGCCACUUUAUUAGGUGCAGGAGUGGAACCUGGUGUGGUCUCCUGCUGCUGUAGCUCAUCCACUUCAAGGCUUGAUGUGUUAUACAUUCAGAGAUGCUCUUCUGCCACCUCUGUUGUAACGUAUGUUUAUUUGAGUUACUGUCACCUUCCUGUCAGCUUGAACAAGACUGACCAUUCUACUCUGACCUCUCUCAUUAAUGAGGCAUUUUCACCCACAGAACUGGAUGUUUUUUUUUGUUUUUCACACCAUUGUCUAUAAACUCUAGAGAGCAUUGUGUGUGAAAAACCCAGAAGAUCAGCAGUUUCUGAGAUACUCAAACCACCCUGUCUGGCACCAACAAUCAUUCUGCCAUCAAAGUCAGUUGGAUCACAUUUCUUCCCCAUUCAGAUGUUCGGUUUGCACAACUGAACCUUUUGACCACGUCUGCCUGCUUAAAUGCAGUGCAUUGCGCCACAUAAUUGGCAUCAGUAAGCAGGUGUACCUAAUAAAGUGGCCACUUGAGUAUAUUAUCAUUAAGUAUGGGAACAGUUAUAGUUAAUUAUAUAUUGAAACAAAUUAGUAUUAAAUACAAAUGGAGGGAUCUAUUUUUAGAAUACAGCUAGCUGGGAGAGGAUGGAUGAUGACAUUAGGUGAUGCUGUGCUAGAGGCAAAUGGUCACAGUCACAGGAUUCUGCAUCCCUCUCCUUUGGCUUCUGUGUCUAAUUAAAGACUUGUUCACUACCAGUGAGUCUGCACACAGCUUGAAAGCACUUAUGUUGUUGCAUCAACAGUUGUUACUGACAGACUGUGCCCUCGUCUGUUCUAUUUACAAGCUGCAGUGGGGGCGGGAAGCUGCCAGGCUGAGGUCGUGCAACAUGAGUGUAUGCCAAUAAACUGGAGUUUCCUCAUAACCACUUCACUGAAUGGUGGGUUCUCCACAGCAGAGAGAGUCUUCCUAGGGAAACGAUGCUCCCUGUGCAGUUGCGGUCGGAGGGGUCACAGUCGUCACCCGUCACCACUGCAGUUCCAUUGGCCACUGCGAGGAAAAGAAGGGUAACUGUGUGGAAACACACACACAUUGCUGGAGGAACUCAGCAGAUCAGCUGGCAUUUAUAGAAACGAAUAAACAGUUGACAUUUUGGGCCGAGACCCUUCAUCAGAAUUGGGAAGGAAGGAGACACAAGCCAGAAAAAGAGGGGAGGGAGAGGAUUAUUAAUUCUUGCCCUCCCCCCUCUUCCUUAUUUUGGCUGCUAGAAGUUGGUGGGUGAAGCCAGAUGGCUGGGGGUGAGGGAGAGGGGUGAAGUGAGAAGCUGGGAGAUGAUAGGUGGAAAAGGCAAAGGGUCAAAGGAGGCAUUUGAUAGGAGAAAGAGCGGACCAUGGGAAAAAGCAGAGGAAGAGGGGCACCAGAGGGAGGUGAUGGGCAAGUGAUGAGAAGAAGUAACUCUAGUGGCCUGUAGCCCCAGGAGAACGGAGGGGUAAGAACAGAGAUGUGGGGCAUUGAUAAGCCGCUGCCAACAGAAAGGCAGAUUUGACUUUUGGAAGUAAACUGAAUCUCUGGAGUGUUAGCCAUUUCACACACUGAGUUGAUAAAGGACGAUCCGCAGAAGGCCACUCGAACUCAGGCUGCAGUGAGAGUGUGGAAGGCUUUGAAGUUUGAAGUUGACCAAGUGUGGAAACAAAUUAACCAUGGGAAAUGUUAAGAGUCAAACUGCAAUCCAUGACCUGACUGUACACAAGAUCCUUUAGUCAGAGCGUCAUAGUACAAUACAGCACAGAGACAGGCCCUUCAGCCCAUCUAGUCUGUGCUGAACUAUUAAUCUGCCUUGUCCUGUCGACCUGCACCCAGACCAUAGCCCUCCAUACCCCUCUCAUCCAUACCCAUGUACCUAUCCAGAUCUCACUUUAAUAUUGAAAUUGAACCCACAUCCACCUCUUCCACUGGCAGCUUUUCCAUACUCUCACCACCCUCAAGGUGAAGAAGUUACCCCUCAUGUUCCUCCUAAACAUUUCACCUUUUACAUUUAACCCAUGACCUCUAGUUGUAGUCUCACCCAAUCACAGUGUGGGGGAAAACUUGCUUGCAUUUACCUUAUCUAUACCUCUCAUAAUGUUGUAUACCUCCAUCAAAUCUCCUCUCAUUUUCCUCUGCCUUAGGGAAUGAAGCCCUAACCUAUUCAAGUCCUCAAGUCCAAGCAACAUCCUUAUAAAUUUUGGAGGGCAUUUUGUAAAAUGUUCUAGGAACUUACAAUAGCAAUUUCCAGCUCCUUUAUAAUUUUUUGUCAUUUGGCACAAAUUCCACUAAUUCUAUUUAACGUCAUUGGAAUUUGAGCUGUUUCCAAAACUGGGGAGGUUGUUUCUACAUUCUUUGCUUGGUUACAAUUCUGAAGGUAUUUUGGGCUCCACAACCUACAUUCAAGUCUUUGUGGUGUUAUGCUUGCGACUUAAAAUGCCAAACAUAUUUUAACAUCAUUAAAAAAUGAUGGAAUUAGCCUGAACACUAAAAGUGAGAAAUACCAUCCACAGUUCUGUCCAGUACAGUCUACUCAGUGAGGUAUUCCGUAAGACUGUAAGACAUAUUGUAGGAGCAAAAUUAAGCCAUUCAGCCCAUCAAGACUAUUCUGCUAUUCCAUCAUGGCUGUCUUACUAUCCUUCUCAAAUCCAUUCUCUAGACCUCCCCCCGCUCAACCUUUGAUACCCUUACUAAUCAAGAACCUAUCAACAUCUGCCUCCAAUAGCCAUCUAUGGAAAUGAAUUCCACAGAUUCACCAUUCUCUGGCAAUUCCUCCUCAUGUCCAUUCUAAAGGGACAUCUUUCUAUUCUGAGGCUGUGCCCUCUGGUUCUAGACACUUCUUAUAUUGGAAACAUCCUCUCCACGUCCACUCUAUCUAGGUCUUUGAACAUUCACACUCCACAGUGGUGUUAAUUUCUAAUUAGUUGUAAACAUGGAACCAGUUGGAAUCUAAAAGUAGAAAUCCAGGGAAUUCAAUGUGGAGGCAGUGAACUCAGCGUGGAUGCAGUGCUGGCUUUACCUUUCAGCCUGCAGAUACUAUUGGGUUGGAGAGUACUUUUAGUGGCAGGCAAACCAAGAUGAUCCAGGAGUCACUGUGCCCUAACAUUUACUGUAUAAACAAGCCCAUCUGUUCACUGCCCCACUCUGUCUUUCCUUCCCUUUACCAAGCAUGGUCAUCUCCAUCCCUCUCCAAACCCAUGUCAAAAUUCAUCAGCUUCUGCCUCAGCAUGGAGACCCAAACUUAGUUUCAAGAUUGAAUGCUUGGGCCUCCUUCCUCUCCACUCCCAGCACCGUGUUUCAUCAGUCCCUUUUCAACCUCUUCCAUCCACAACUACUGGGAAAACCAACGUCUAUUCCAUCUCCAUAUUUGGAAUGAAAGUAAAUUCCCUGAUUUUCUGGGCUUAUAUUUAAUUAAAGUUAUAAAAAGAUAUUUUUGCUUGGGAUGUUAUAUUUUGUAAAAAAAUUUUCCGAAAUAUUUGGCAUAAACAGUUUCAGUAAAACUUAGCCAAGCAGGUUCCUCCAAAGAAGAGAAAGCUCUUCUUUGGGAUCUUCUCUUUCAUUAGGAACCAACAAUGAUGAGAAACUCUACAGGUCGGGUGGCAUAUACAGAGGAGAAUGAACAGUUAAUGUUCCACGCCAAGACAGAGAGUGAAGGUGUGGAAAGGGGAAGGAGUACAAGCUGACAGGUGACAGGUGGGUGUGAAGGUGGGUAGAUUGUGAUUGGUCAGACCUGGUCAAGGAAUUAGGCCCAAAUCAUCCCCCUGCACAGAUGCUGCCUGUCUUGCAGUGAAACAUUGCUGCCUGGUAAACAUUUAUGUUUUUGAUGAAAUGUGAAUGGUGUAAGCAUCAUGACUUAUUUCCUAGGGCGAACUCAGCUCAGAACCUGAGCAAUCCCAUGGAGAAAAACACAGUCGACUACUAUUGUGACCUUUUUGUACAACUUUGGCUAAACUUUAUAAAAUUACAUUGGGUAUUGGCAAAACAUAACCCACUAUUGAUGUAAAUUUCAUAGGUUUGUAAAUGUAAAUGUCUGUAAUUGAUAAAUGUGGUGUAAUAUAAAGAAUUGAUGAAAUCACAAUGUUGAUAUUUAUUUGAGUGAUCUGAAAAUUUGGAAGCAAAAUAUUCUGAAUUUGGUGGGCCUGAGGAAACUUUCCUAAGACGCAGACACUCCAAUGCCCUCUGUCCCAAGAUCCAGACACACCAAUGCCCUCUGUCCGAAGAUCCAGACACACCAACGCCCUCUGUCCCAAGACCCAGACACACCAACGCCCUCUGUCCGAAGAUCCAGACACACCAACGCCCUCUGUCCCAAGACCCAGACACACCAAUGCC